GAUUUUGAAGCGCGUUACGGUGGCCGCCGUUUCCAGUAAAACCGUAUCCAAGGUUGUGGGAUUGGUCAGUCUGAGCUUGGCAUCGAUAGUCAUCGACGAGACGAUAACACUGAUUAAGCAGUACUUAUGGCGCAAUUACGUCACCGAACUUGAAGUUUCUAACACAGACAAGUCUUAUUAUUGGCUGCUGCAGUGGAUUUCCAAACACAACCAACAACUACUACAUUUCAGCGUGACCACCGUUUGUCGAAACACUGAGUCCACUGAUGCAACUUCGAAGUUCAACUACGAACCGAGUGCCGGCGAACACAUUUUUAAUGACAUGUACAAAAGUCAUACAAUACGUGUAAAACGUGAUCGCAGCACUAUGUUGUCCAGUGAGUACGGUUCUAGACCGUUUGAGAUGCUUACCUUAACUACUUGGGGUCGAAACAGACAAGUGCUGAAUGAAAUUCUGGAAGAGGCCCGAUUGUACGCUAUGUCCAUAAUGGAGUCGGGCACCACUCUGAUGGUGCCCUCAUAUGACACGUGGCACAACUUCGGCGAGCCCCGCGCGCCACGGUCAUUGUCAUCUGUUAUACUGGACGAGGGAGUGACCGAAAACAUUCUUAAGGAUAUACGCAAUUUUGAGACUGACAAGUCAUGGUACAUAGAUAGGGGAAUACCGUACCGUAGGGGGUAUCUGCUUUACGGGCCGCCGGGCUGUGGCAAGACAUCUUUGAUCACGGCACUGGCUGGCGAUAUGAAGUACAACUUGUGCGUGCUAAGUCUGAACGACUCAAAAAUGUCUGACGAUCAACUAGUUCAAUUGAUGGGAGAAGUACCAUCAAAGUCCUUCGUGCUCCUGGAAGACAUUGAUGCUAUGUUCGCCAACAGAGACGGAAAAACGGUCAUAGAGGGCAGUACUAAAGUGACGUUGAGCGGCUUGCUAAACGCUCUGGAUGGUGUCGUAUCGUCUGAAGGCCGAAUACUAUUUAUGACUACCAACUACGUUGAAAGGUUGGAUACUGCACUCAUUCGAUCUGGCCGAGUGGACUUCAAACAACACAUUGGUACUUGUACAGAUCAUCAAUUGUCAGAAAUGUUCAUUAGAUUUCGCCCAGAAGGUACAGAAAAUGACAAGAAAAGAUUUGUGAAAGAUAUAAGAAAAUGUAACAAACCAGUUGUCCCAGCUUAUCUACAAGAGUUUUUUUUGGUACACCGUUAUAAAGAACUAAAUUAUGUGUUUGAACAUAUAAAUGAUUUAUGGCAGAACAUACAAGACAUUCAAUUAACAGAAAAAAUACUAAGUACAUAAAAAAUCAAUGUUCAGUCGAAUAGCAAUUUUUGAGCACAAUAAAAGAAAGUGUCAUGAAUAUUUAAAGUGUUAGAAAAAGAACAACAAAAAUUAAUUAACAUGAAAAAAAUAACAAAAAGCGAAUACGUUCAUCAUCUUUUGGGAUCAAUUGAGUAUAAUGCUAUAGUUCCAUCCAUCGCGCCAGUAGAA